GGUUUCAGGCUGUUGUCAUAGUAUUCGAACAAGCGAUAGCAAACGAAUCAAAAAGCAAACUAGCAAGUGCGAAAUUCAAAGCGAAAUAUCAAGUGAAAAUAAGUUGUUUGUAAUUUGUGAAGUGAAAAAGUAUAGAAAAAGUGAAAAUGGUGAAAAAAGCUCCAGCAGUUGGUAUCGAUUUGGGCACCACAUAUUCCUGCGUCGGUGUCUGGCAGCAUGGAAAAGUGGAAAUCAUCGCUAACGACCAGGGAAACCGAACAACACCCAGUUAUGUUGCCUUUACGGACUCUGAGCGUCUCCUUGGGGACGCUGCCAAGAACCAAGUGGCUAUGAAUCCUUCCAACACCGUUUUUGACGCCAAAAGAUUGAUUGGACGCAAGUAUGACGACCCGAAAAUCCAACAGGACAUCAAGCACUGGCCAUUCAAAGUGGUCAGCGACUGCGGCAAACCCAAGAUCCAAGUCGAGCACAAAGGCGAAAUCAAAAAGUUUGCUCCGGAAGAAGUCAGCUCCAUGGUUUUAACAAAGAUGAAGGAAACAGCGGAAGCGUACCUUGGACAAUCCAUUAAAGACGCAGUAAUCACCGUUCCUGCAUAUUUCAACGACUCUCAACGGCAAGCAACCAAAGACGCCGGAGUUAUAGCAGGAUUGAAUGUUAUGAGAAUCAUCAAUGAACCCACCGCCGCUGCCUUAGCUUAUGGACUGGACAAGAACUUGAAGGGAGAAAAGAAUGUGCUAAUUUUCGACCUGGGAGGCGGCACUUUCGAUGUCUCAAUCCUUACCAUCGAUGAAGGAUCAUUGUUUGAGGUCAGAUCCACAGCUGGUGACACCCAUUUGGGCGGAGAAGACUUUGACAACAGAUUAGUCAACCACUUGGCCGAAGAAUUCAAGAGAAAAUUCAAGAAAGAUCUUCGCUCCAACCCAAGAGCUUUGAGGAGACUGAGAACGGCAGCAGAACGCGCCAAGAGAACUCUCUCUUCAAGUACUGAAGCAACCAUUGAAAUUGACGCUCUAUUCGAAGGCGUCGACUUCUACACCAAAGUUACUCGAGCAAGAUUCGAAGAACUAAAUGCCGACUUAUUCAGAGGAACCCUCCAGCCCGUGGAAAAAGCUCUAGCUGACGCCAAAAUGGAUAAAGGCUCCAUCCAUGACAUUGUCCUGGUGGGAGGAUCGACAAGAAUUCCAAAAAUACAACAACUGUUGCAAAACUUCUUCAAUGGAAAACAACUCAAUCUCAGUAUUAAUCCAGAUGAAGCUGUAGCUUAUGGUGCAGCAGUUCAAGCCGCUGUUUUGAGUGGAGACACUGACAGCAAGAUUCAAGAUGUACUUUUAGUGGAUGUUACGCCACUAUCCCUGGGCAUCGAAACAGCCGGAGGCGUGAUGACGAAGAUCAUUGAAAGAAAUGCCAGAAUUCCUUGCAAGCAGUCGCAAAUAUUUACCACCUACUCCGACAACCAACCGGCUGUAACCAUCCAAGUCUUUGAGGGUGAAAGAGCCAUGACCAAAGACAACAAUCUCUUGGGCACUUUCGACCUAACUGGCAUUCCUCCAGCCCCUCGUGGAGUCCCUAAAAUCGAAGUCACUUUCGACCUAGAUGCCAAUGGUAUUCUCAACGUGGCAGCAAAAGAUACCAGCUCAGGCAAAGAACGAAAUAUUACCAUCAAGAACGACAAAGGCCGCCUAUCUCAAGCUGAUAUCGACAGAAUGUUGUCCGAAGCUGAAAAGUACAAAGAAGAAGACGAGAGGCAAAGAGAAAAAGUAUCAGCCCGCAACCAAUUGGAAGCAUACAUUUUCCAACUGAAACAAGCUGUGCAAGAUUGCGGAGACAAACUGAGUACUGAAGACAAAGCCACCCUUGAAAGGGAAUGCGAGGAUGCCUUAAGGUGGCUGGACAGUAAUACACUGGCUGAAAAAGAGGAGUUUGAGGACAAGCAAAAGCAACUAACAUCAGUCUGCAGCCCGAUUAUCACCAAAUUAUAUGGAGGUGGCGCUCAGAACAACUUUGGAGCGGGAAUGCCAGGAAGCGGGGGCAUGCCAGGAAGCAAUUGUGGACAGCAAGCCGGAGGCUUUGGUGGAGCUAGAUCGGGACCAACAAUUGAAGAAGUUGAUUAAAUCUCAUUGUAAAUGUAUAUUUUAUGUAGUUUAGACGUUCUGACUGAUUAUUUUAUAAUGUUAUUUAGAUGUUAAGAUAUCUGAUACGCUUUAAUAAUUUUCUGUAACAUUUUUUUGUGAUAUUUUUUAAAAUAAAUUAUUUACAGUAUUAA